AUGUGCCCUGCCAGCUUUGCUGCAACACUCGUGUCCGACUCGAACGUGAGGGCCACAGAACCUUCACAGCACUCCCACCCCGUCGUCGCCCUGGGGUCCCAGCCCACCCACUCUGACUCCUGCCCCAGGGCCCCUACUCAUGGCCCCAGUAACCUAAGCUCUGGCCAUGCCAGCCCACCUUCGGCCCCCCUGGGCCCUGCGCACCUAGGCCCCCUGUUCCAAGAGCCAGCAGACGAAGGGUUGGACAGCAGGGCCCGUGGGGACCCCCACGGUGCCAGGACUCUGGACAGCGAGCCCCUGCUCUGGGCCACGGCCACAGCCUGCCCCUGGGCCGGGCCAGCAGCAGCAGGCGAGCAGGAGGAGGAGGAGUGCCCCGUCUGCACUGAGCCCUACGGGCUGGGCCGGCACCGCCUGGCCCUGCUGAACUGUGGGCACGGCCUGUGUGUGGGUUGCCUGCACCAGCUUCUGGGUGCUGCCCCCAGCACCGACCUGGGCCGAGUGCGCUGCCCGCUGUGCCGCCAGAAAACACCUGUGCUCGAGUGGGAGAUCUGCCAGCUGCAGGAGGAGCUGUUGCAGGCCGACGGGCCCCAGCGGCCCCCGCCCCCUGCACCCCCCACACCACUCCGCCGGGGCCCUGAGCCCUGGGCCUCCCUGGAACACCGCUACCAGCUGCGCUUCCUGGCGGGGCCCGUGGGCGGCCAGGGCUGUCUGCCCUUCCUGCCCUGCCCGCCCUGCCUGGGCGCCUGGCUCUGGGCCCUGAGGGAGCAGGGGCCCUGUGCCCGCCGCCUGGCCCUACUGGGCCUUCUGGCCCUCGAGCUGCUGGGCCUGCUGCUCAUCUUCAUGCCGCUCAUGCUACUCGGGCUGCUUUUCAUGCUGCUGGACCGCUCUGGCCGCUGAACAGGGCCUGUUGCAUCUGAACCACUGGGCCUGGGAGCACCCAGCCACCAGGAGACCAGGAAGCCCAGACGGGCCACGUCCAGAGCCUUGGUGCCAUGGGGCCUUGGGAGCACCUCACCCUGAGGCCUGAUGAGCAGGCUAAAAAUCCCAAGGUUGUCCAGGGCACUAGCCUUCAAUCAAGACCCAAACUGGAGCCAGGGCUACCUGACCUGCCUGUGUUCCAGAUAAGGACCAGUGUGUGUUUCCUGAAGGGCAGGGCAGCCAAGGGGAAGGGCCCCUACUGAGCAAGCCCGGUCCACAAAGGGCCUUCUCACCCCAGGGUCCUCAGCAGUGGGGAGGCCAACAUGUGCCCCUGAGCUGCCAGGGACAAGGACCCAGCCAGGCCUUAGAGGAGAAUGCCGAGCUGAAGCCCGAUUGCCCCGAAGCCUCACGGUGCCCAGCCGGGGCCUUAUCUGAAGGACAGACGCGGUCACAGCACCACCUCCCAGGCCUGUUGGUGACAUGCUGAGCGCUGUGCCUGGCACAGAAAAGGCUCUCAAUAAACAGCAGCUGCUGAAACUGUU